AUGUUUGUUUCCGCUGCGAGUCCCGGUGUCUCGAUCGCCGGAGAACCGCCGCCGAAGAAGAAGAAAUUGUUUGCUCCAGAUCCGUCCCCUCUGUUACUACUUCCUGAUGAAAUCGUUGUGAAUUGCUUAGCACGAGUACCGAGAUGUUACUUCCCGGCGAUUUCACUCGUCUCAAGGACCUUAAGGCGACUCAUCGCUUCGCCGGAGAUCUACAUCGAACGGUCAGUACUUCGCCGCAAUGAACAUGUACUUUACGUUGUACUUAGAUCUCACGCUACAGAAACCCCUCGAUGGUACUCUCUCAAUCCCAAACCCUUAGAAAAUGAGCCUGAAUCGACCGGAAUUAACCAUAGGUUGGUUCCGAUUCCUUCGUUUCCUUCGAUUCCUUGCUGGGGAAUGUCAAUUGUAUCAAUCGAUUCUGAGAUUUAUGUUAUUGGUGGAUGCAUCAACGACGAAUUGGUCUCUACCGUGUUAGUCGUCGAAUGUCCAUUUAAUACCUUUCGAUUCCUCCCUAGUAUGAAGCAGGCACGUGGCUGCGCCGCCACCGGAAUCAUCGACGGGAAGUUAUAUGUAAUCGGAGGUUGUAGUCCUCUGUCUUCGAAUUGGGUCGAAGCAUUUGAUCUCAAGACGCACACUUGGGAGUCUGUAACAGGUUUGUAUAAUGUGAAAGUGUACGAGAAAACGAUCAGAAGUUUUGUAGUAGGUGGUAAUGUUUACAUAAUGGAUCGGAAGAAUAGCUUUGUUUAUGAUCCUAAACAAGGUAGAUUGGGGAGUGACAGGUUGGUGGACACACAAUGGAGUGUUGGUUCUUGUGUCAUUGAUGAUAAGUUGUAUACUUUUGGUGAAAAGAAUAAAAUAUUCAUGUUCGAUCCAAUCGCGAGGGUUUGGUGUUAUGUAAAGGGUCUCGAAGAACUUCCUGAGAAGCCUGAUGGUUCUCGAAUGGCGAAUCGUGGUGGAAAACUUGUGAUUCUGUAUAAUAUGAAGAAGUAUAACACAGAAAUUCGGUGUACAGAGAUCGAAUUGGAAUGGAGAGGAGGAGAGGUUUGGGGGACGAUCUUGGUGUCUUAUCUUGCGGUUUCUUUGAAAGAUCCAUGCACCAUCGUACAAUCUCUAGCUGUAACAAUUUGA